CUGCAUCUGGCCACGCUGCCCAAGUAAGUUACAUGUGCUAACUUUUUAGUUAUUACCGUACUAUACUAACAGGUGAAUCCAGUUCAUGGCCUUAACCCAAUGCUGCGAGCCUGGCCACAAUUUUCUCAGCACUAGUUGGUUAUAUGGUGGUACUUUCAACCAAUUCCGCGUUUAUUUGAGCAAGUUCAAGAUCGACGUCAAGUGGGUGGUUGGAAACGACCCGGCAAAAUUUGACGAAGCUGUUGAUGAGAACACGCGGGCUAUUUACAUUGAGACGAUCAGCAACCCGAAGCACAGCGUUCCGGAUAUUGCAGCACUUGCCGCGGUAGCUCACAAGCAUGGAAUCCCCUUAAUUGUUGACAACACUUUUGGUAUGGGCGGGUACCUAUGCCAACCUAUCAAGCUUGGAGCUGAUAUUGUCACACACUCUGCUACCAAAUGGAUUGGUGGUCACGGAACCAGCAUGGGAGGUAUCGUGAUCGAUGGUGGACACUUCGACUGGAGCGCGUCAGGAAAGUUCCCUGGCUUCACGGAGCCCGCGGAAGGUUAUCACGGUAUGCGAUUUUGGGAGACGUACGGAAAGAAGGCACUGUCAGCGAAAGUGCGAAUGGAUAGCAUGAGAGAUCUUGGCCCUUGCAUGAGCCCUUUCAAUGCAUGGCUAUUCCUGCAGGGACUAGAAACGCUUCCCCUUCGUGGCCAGAGGACAGUCGAAAACACACAAAAACUCGCAGAAUGGCUCGAAAGCCAUCCCUGUGUCAACUGGGUGUUGUACCCAGGCCUGAAGUCACAUCCCGACUACGAGUUGGCAAAGAAGGUUAUGCCGAAGGGAGCUGGUGGUGUCCUGACUUUCGGCGUGGCUGGAAAAGUCGAGCAAGUUCGUGCCGUGGUUGACAAUCUCAAGAUGGCUAGUCAUUUGGCCAAUGUUGGAGAUUGCAAGACCCUCAUCAUUCACCCCUGGGUAACUACACACCAGCAGAUGCCCGAUGAAGAGAAGAUUAAGGGCGGUGUUACACCCGACCUUUUACGUGUGAGUCUAGGUAUUGAAGACUUUGAAGACAUCAAGCGCGAUUUCGAGCAAGCAUUCAAGGCUGCCGGCCUCGAGAAGGCAGAUAAGAGCGGCGUAGAUCCGUUCCAGACAGCUAUGAAUCUUGUCAGCGGAGGAUUCAUGGGCAAGCUAUCCACGGGUCCACCGCGUCCCGGUACGGACGGAACCAUACAAUCAUGAGGAACUGCAUUGUAUGAAAAAAGUGAGAACUCUGGGCUAGGUGUAAGGUGUCGGUGUAGGAGUUGCCGACGGGCAGGAUAAGGAAGUUCCAUUUUCAUUAACGGGGAGCACAUUGGGCAUUAAUUAAUUACUUUGCUAUUGCAUACUGGGAUGAUUUCCUUGAGGAGGGUUUUUUCCCAUGUGGUACAUCUGGGCAUGUAUCUAAACGAUCGAUUUCGAUGAAUUCCCCUCCAUGAAACACAUUUGCAUUUAUUAAACAUGCCUUUAGCCGUGUCUCGGGUACAAGUGGGGGACAUCCCGAAACCGAGGUCAAUUACUAAGUUGGCGGGUGCCCAUCAGUCUUAGGUACCUAGGUACGUAUGUAUACCUAAGGUAUUCAGCACAUCUUAUAACAACAAUCUCCAAC